GUGUCCUCCCCCGGGAACCUUGGGGACCCCAGCUCUGUCUGUCCUGGGGCGCCUCUGUACCACGCCUCCUCGGAAGCCAGGCCCCUUCCUGCCUGGGGCCUGUUUGAGGGGGAGUUUGGAUGCAGAACGCCCCAGGGUCCAGGCAGAUCCUGGCGACGGGCCCCGAGGGUCCUGUAGGUGGGGAGGAUGAAUUGCCACGUCUGGAAAUGGGGAAAGGUCAUUGGAAGGGAAGCUCUUGAUACUAACGUGGAGGCAGAUUUGGGUCUUAUCCGAAGUCUGGUGAUAGAGCUCGGGAAGGCAAUCCCACGUGUACACAAGGUGGACCGAGUCUUAGGGCCUUCUUACAAGGAGACAAUAUUCAUCCUGGCCCUCGGAAGAAACUCAAGAAGAAGCUUUUGAAACUUGAAGAUUAGAUGGGGCUUGACCUCUGCUGGGCAGCCCCCAGCUAUAGAAGUUCCCAGCUGAGCAGAGAAGAUGACUGCAGAAUUGAGAGAGGCUGUGGCCCUGGCCCCCUGGGGCCCAGUGACAGUGAAAAAGGAGGAGGAAGAGGAAGAAAAUCUUCUGGGUCAGGUGUCCAGCCAACAACUACACUCUGACAACAUCAAAGCCUGGGCCCAUGGGGAGGGUCCUCAGACAGGUCUUGAUGGAUCAGAACAGGAGGAAAAGGGUCAGAACAUGUUCUGGGACAUGGCAGUAAUCCUGAAAGCAACACAGGAGGCCCCUGCUGGUUCACCUCUUGGCAGCUACUCAUUACCUGGGGCCAGCGAGGUGCCUGCUCAGGUGAUCAUAGCCAAGAGCGAGAUACUGGAGGCUCAUGGAGACAUGACUUCUCUAGAUGCUGAAAUCAACAACCCGCAGUCUUUGGUUCUAAAAACUGAGAUGUGUGAUGAAGCAGAAAAACCCUUCCUGAUACCAGGAAGAAUCCAGAAAGCUGACCCUAAAGGACCCAAGUUAGGAGAAGCCUGUGAAAAGGGAAUCAUGUUAAAGAGGCAAAGAAUUAAGAGGGAAAAGAAAGAUUUCAGACAAGUGACAGUGAAGGACUGCCACUUACCUCAUAGCCUCAAAGAAGAGGGAGACCAGAAGUGUCAGAAUUCUGGGGAAAGAUACAGCCUUAGUUCUGGCCCUGUUAAAAAUCAGAAAAUCCAACCUGGGCAGAAACCUUUUACGUGCAAUGUGUGUGGGAAGGGAUUUAGUCAGAGCGCAAACCUGGUGGUGCAUCAGCGAAUCCACACUGGAGAGAAACCCUUUGAAUGUCAUGAGUGUGGGAAGGCCUUCAUUCAGAGCGCAAACCUCGUUGUGCAUCAAAGAAUCCACACUGGACAGAAACCUUACGUUUGUUCAAAAUGUGGGAAAGCCUUCACUCAGAGUUCAAAUCUAACUGUGCAUCAAAAAAUUCACUCCUUAGAAAAAACUUUUAAGUGCAGUGAGUGUGAGAAAGCCUUCAGUUACAGCUCACAACUUGCUCGGCACCAGAAAGUCCACAUUACUGAAAAAUGCUAUGAAUGUAACGAGUGUGGGAAAACAUUCACUCGGAGCUCAAACCUCAUUGUCCACCAGAGGAUCCACACUGGGGAGAAGCCCUUUGCCUGUAAUGACUGUGGCAAAGCCUUCACCCAGAGUGCAAAUCUUAUUGUGCAUCAGCGAAGCCAUACUGGUGAGAAGCCAUAUGAGUGUAAAGAGUGUGGGAAAGCCUUUAGUUGCUUUUCACACCUAAUUGUGCACCAGAGAAUCCACACUGCAGAGAAACCUUAUGACUGCAGUGAAUGUGGGAAAGCCUUCAGCCAGCUCUCUUGCCUUAUUGUCCACCAGAGGAUUCACAGUGGAGACCUUCCUUAUGUGUGUAAUGAGUGUGGAAAGGCCUUCACGUGUAGCUCGUACCUACUUAUUCAUCAGAGAAUCCAUAAUGGGGAAAAACCUUACACGUGUAGUGAGUGUGGCAAGGCCUUCCGGCAGAGGUCGAGCCUCACUGUGCACCAGAGAACCCACACUGGGGAGAAGCCCUACGAAUGCGCGAAGUGUGGCGCGGCCUUCAUUUCUAACUCACACCUCAUGCGACACCACAGAACCCAUCUUGUUGAGUAACACGCAAAUGAAGAGAAAGACCUCCAGGCAUUGACCAUUACCUACUACCCCCCAAAUUAGACACCUCUUUGCCAUUUUCUUCCUCCUUUGAGAAAAACGAGGCCUUGUAUGUCCUUAAAGGUUAUGUUUUCAGGAAUGUACCACAAUAGACAAGGAUUUCAGAGGCUAAUUUAAAGAAAAGGAAAACUAAGAACUUAAAGGCAAGGAUUUAUUUUUUUAACUGUACCCUAAAAUGGAAUGCACCCUGAAAUGAAAUGUGGCUUUCUUAGGAUAAAGCUCAUUUAGGGGAAGGCGUUUUUUGCUACAUUUUGUUUUUUAAAACUUUGAUAACUUCUUAAACAGGCAGGUUACUGGUUUAGAUCUGGAGCUAAAGUUCAACUUCCCAGUUGAAUUCUAGAGCUCUGAGCCUUGUAUUCUGAUAUUUCGAGUUAAGCAGUGAGUGGUUAAGGAGACCACUUGGGGUAGAAUUCAACAACAACCCACUUAGGAACAUUUAUAAACUUUCCAUUCCCUAGAUAAUUUUUAAAAAACAUACCAGCCAAAACAAAAAUAUUAACUGUCUACUGCUCCUAAAAUGGACAAAAGUAGGAAAUAGCCUUUUCUCUCAUGUCAAUGCCUCCUAAACCCUGGUGUGGUAAAGCUCUGGGGACCUCUGACCAGUCUCUUCUGUCCACUCCCCAGUCUGCAUGGCCAAUCACUCGAGGAUGGAUGGAGACUCCACACAGUGGCCACCAAGGCUACUGAGCUGUAUUCUUUUGCUAAAAUCAGCAGCUUCUCUCCAAACAACCCCCAAGUGCCAUCACAUUCCAUUUGGAUGAGAUGCUACUGGCAGCCCCCUUCCCAGAUAAGAGUCAAAGAAUAAAGCUUGCCUAGCGGCAUGGCCGAGUUGUCUCUGCUCUCCUUCUGCUCAGGCCCAGCCAGGGCACAGUUUGGUUGUCAGUCUCAUCUUCUGGGUGGUCUUUAAAGGAAGUGGUGGAGCUCUUCUAAUUCUAAGGGCCAAAGAGGGAUGUGAAAGCAGAGGGAGGAGGCAGGGUGGGGCUCCUAAGGUCUAUAUUUGGGUUUUGAGAAGUUCAGAGAUGUUGGAAUAUGGGAACUUAGAAGUAUGAAGAAAUUGGCUAAGGUAAGCUAAGCCUUUACUCAUUUGAGUAAAGCUUUGACAUUAAACCUUUACUCCUGAAAAAAUAAUUUAUAAAACUAUGCAAUAGGUAGUGUUAUGUAAUAAUAUUGCCUUGUAUUUAUACAGAACUUUAUUCUUUGUUGUGUACCUUCAUGUAUAGAAAAAUGGUACCUAGCAUUAUACUUCAUGCUUUCAUGUAGAUCAUUGCCAGUAGUCCUCAUAACACUGAAGGAGGUGUGUGGCCCAUUUACCUGAGAGUGGUCAUUUAACUGGAGGUAGAUCAGUAGCAGGUGGUAGAGCCUUUAUUCAAGUUGAGGACAGGUUCUCUGUUCUGCCACGCUGCUGGUCUUAGCUGUAAGUACUUGUCAUCCCCACCCGUACCUGUGGGGGAGCACCAAAAGGGGGUAUAGUCCUCAUUUUCAGGUGAGGAAACAGAGGUGACUAAUCUUGGGGUGUACUUUAGGCAGUGUGACCUGAAAGCAGGAAAUCUGGGAUUGAACUCUGGGUCUCCUGAUUUCUAGGUCUCUCUCCCCUCCAUUCUAAUGGCUAGGUAUUUAUUAUAAGUGCUGUACCUGGUGAUACGUUGCCUGGUGCAGUUUUCAUACAGAAGUCCCAUACAAUUAUCCCAUGUUUGUAAUACAAAAUAUCAACAUGGUAGUUUACAGGGCACAUUCACGUACAGAAAGCAUACGUAACAAUGCUUGUUUCUUACCUUUUUUUCCCUUCCAGCCACAGUCUUAUCAAAGCAUUUGCAACUUCUUUUCCUAGUUUCAUUCUAAAUCCUAGGCACAAAUACAAGAAAACAAAAAGAUUUAAAAUUGGGAAUCAAAAGUACCCAUGCCCUUGCUGACCAUGGCAGUUGGUGACUAUGUUUCUGUCUCCCGUGUCUUGAGAAUGAAGGAGCCCAAACGUAACACCAUGUCUGUGCUGAGACUAGGAACAAGUUAGGUUUUCUCCCUGCCUGAUAAGGAAGCUUCGUACAGAGGGAGAGAGAUCUGAAGCUUUGGAAUAGUUUUGUGACGGUAACCCACCAAGAGGCCAAAAGUGUACUGGGAGGUAGGAACUGGAAUUUAUGACCAUUAAGACUGCUGAACUAUUCUAGUUCAUGAUCAUAUUCAUCCUUAUAAUUGAACACUCAGUCAUUGAUGAUUUUGGUUUCCUGGCUAAAGUUUUCCAUUAAUAGGUAGCUCAGACAAGCUGUCCGGGUGCUUCUAUCCAAAGCUAGGUUUCGAAAAUUACUGACCCAACCUUGCCUUACCUUAAAGUAGUAGUUUUUAACCUUGAUCACAGGUUAGACCCACGUAGGGCAUUUUUUAAAAUUUCCAUUCCCAAGCUUUGGUAUUUUUCUAAAACUCUGUGGAUGGUUGCAAUGUGCAGCCAAGGUCAUUAGCCCACUACAUGUGUAAUCAAAUGGGGUGGCGGGGUGGGGGGUGAUACUACUAUAAGGAUAUAAAUGGAAAUGUGUGAUAUAUGGUCUCAGCAAAACAGGACACUAACUCUUCAUUGACUGGGUGUUGAAGACCUGCAACCAUUAGAUGUUAAGGUUCUAAGACCAAACUUACUGUUUUAUUUUAAUUGAAUAUACUAAAUAUUUAUAUGAGCAAACCAGAUUUUAUAUAACAUACUUUUAUGUUCCUCAUUCAACAAAAUGCCUUUUUACAUUUUGACUUGCAUAUCAUCUUUGGAUCUGAGUUUCCACAAACCUCCACACAGGUUCAACACCUCCCCCCACCCCCUGCAUCCUGUACAAAUUGACUCGACGGCAGUGGCUCUUAUUGCAUUAAUAGACUUAACAGAUUCUUCCCCCACCAAUUACAACUCUCCCUCCCAACUUGAAUUCAGUUGUAGCCCUCAAAAUAAAUUGUAACACACCAUUUUCAUUAGGGUUUCUAAUAGGGGAUUAUUAUUAUUUGGAAACUCUAUGGGGCAGUUCUACUCUGUCCUAUCGGGUCGCUAGGAGUCGGAAUCGACUCGACAGCAAUGGGUUUUUAAUAGGGGAGGCAUGACUACCCUUCAUGAUCAGAUUUGGCUUAGGUUUUCUUGUUCUUGUGGGUCACCUACCUUUCCCCUUGGCUGGUCUUGCUAGAAGUGGAGGGAACUUUAAAGCCUCAUUUUCUUAAAUGGUCAAGAGCUAUCUUUUUUUAUCAGACUUUUAGUUCAUCCCACAAAGAAUUGUGUGCCAGGCCUGGUGAUGGGCAUUAGGGAUAGAGCCAUAAAGCCUGUCCUCCCCCUCCAGUGAGACCAACAGGUGUGUACAAGUGGAGCACAGUGACAUGAAGGUGAUAGUGAAGUCAUGUACAGGUGCUUUGGGAUCAUAAGGAGAAAGACUUCCUCAUACACACACACUCAAACAUAGCCCUGAAUCCAUUUUUCUGGGUUCAGGAAGAGGUGUCAAAACUAAUCCCUCUUCUGUCCUCUGGAUCCCCUCCCUUUCUUGCCUCUCACAUCUCUUGCUUCUUCACUUACUCCUCUAUCCAUGCCUAACCGUUCUGGGGUCAUAAGACCCUUGGAGAACCUGAUGGAGGUUGUGGAUCCUCUGAGGCAUGCACAUUGCAUGUAUAGUUUUGUGCAUGAUUGUGGGGAUGUACAGGCUCUCUGCAGCCAAUCCGUGGUUUCUCUAGGGUGAAAAGCCUCACGUGGGAAUAUAAUACAUAAUUGCCUGUGACAUUAAAAAAAAAACAGGAUCAGACUAUGGAAUCUCUAAGGAUGUCACCUAGACACAUGACCUUUUAAAUCUUGCUUCUCCUGGGUUCCCUUCCUCAGCAAAUGACAUUAUCCCCACCACCUGGGGCACCCAGAUUGGAAACCCAGAAGGCAUCUUCAGUUUCCUGCAUAUCAAUCAUUCAUUCCAAAAAUAUAUAAUGUGCACUUGCCUUGUGGCAGAAAUUGUGCUAGAUUCUGAGGUGCCAAAAUAACAUAUACCAAACCCUGUUCUCAUAUCACUGUUGGAAAAAUGUCCAGAUUUCUUAACAUAAUUUACUGAGCUCUUUAUAAUCUCUUCCCAGCCUCAUCACUUCCCAUUCACCCUUCAUUGCAGCCUAGAGGCGCAUGCUUGACCACUGUGCCCUUGUGCAUACAGUCCUGGGCACCCGUAGCACUUCACCACCUACUUUGCCUAAUCUUCUGUUUAAGAUUUGGCUCAAGUCCCAUCUCUGGGAAACCUCUGACUGCCCUCUGACCAAGCUGGAUCAGGGCCCUUCUGAACUUUUAGAAUUAUUGAAGACCAUGACAUGAUAUGUAGCCAGAGUUUUGCUUUAUGUAUAAAAAAAUUGGGAUCCAAAAUUGUAUAUAUAGUACAGUUCUCGUAUGCUGUUACUGUUACAUUUAGUAUACGCACUUUAAAAGCAUUUGGAUAAAUUACCCCAAGAAAAUACAAUAAAGUGUUACAAGUGGUUAAGUGACUUGUUCACAGCUGUACAGAGCUUAGACUCAAACCCAAGUCCUCUGGAUGAUGAGGUUAUGGGUGAUAAAAAGUUUUUUAAAAAAAUAAUUUUCAUUUUUCUAUAAGAAGCAGGAAUUUUAUAAUCAGGAGAAAAUAAAUCACUGCAUUUAUAUCUUUAAUUUCACUGUACUAACUACAGACAGUAUCUCAGCUCCCCAUUUUGUUAGAUGUGGAAUAAACCCUUCCUUCUGCAUAUUCCAUUUCCCCGCUUCUGACAUGGUCAAGCCUGAUCUUGCAUUCUAUUCUGUAACCAUAGUUAAUCUUUGGUGUUUAUUGAUUUGUUCAAAAAGUUGAAAAUAGUGUGAAUGUUGUAGAUGUAAAUAUUGUUCAUUGCAGAUUUAAGUAGCGUACUAAGAUUAUAUUUCCUUUUGGGAACAACUUUCUGCUCUUGCUGAUAUUUCUAGUUGCGUUCCCCCUGCCCCCUUGAAUUAGUUGCUUUUAGCACAUCCUCAGUUACUUUCAGAUUCUCCAUCCAGUUAGAUACUCUUCUGCAUCCUCCUUUUUCUGCACAUGCCCCUUCCAGGGUCCUCCAGCCUCCUGCUCCAGUAUGUCUUCCAUGCUCAUUCUGCUGUUAUCCUGGGCUCCAUUUCACCCUGUGUUCUACAUCUUCCUUUCUUUGUUUACUCAUUUCACUGCAGCGCAUCUUCAAGUCACUUGAAAGAAAGAGUACAUGCAAGGCAAAAUUGUUGAGUGCUUUUAUAUCUAAACUUCUGUCUCCAUCCUCACACUUGAUUAAUAGUUUGUAGAAUUCUGGGUUGAAAAUCACUCUCCUAAAAGUUGGAAGGCCUUGCUAAUGACUUAUGGCAUCCACCAUUGCUAAUGAGAUGUCUGAUUCCAGUGUGGUUCUUAGUUCUUUGACAGUCGGUCAACAGUAUUUUUAUUAUUGUAUCUGUUCCACCACCUCAAUGUCUGGAAACUUUCUAAGCCUCCUCUUGGUGUACUGAAUUCUCUAAUGUACUCAAUGGAAUUUUUUUAAUCUAGCGACUGAGUUAUUUCUGCUCUUGAAAAUUUUGUGUAUCUGUAUGACAGUUCUCCAUUUCCAUAUUUUUUUCUGUUUCUACUCUUUCUGGAGUCCUUGUCAAUCAAAUAAAUGUUGGACCUCCUGGAUUGAUCCCUUAUUACUUUUUCUCCCAUUUCUGUGUCCUUGUUCUUUCUGAGAGUCCCUUUAUUAUAUUUCAAGUUUUGCAAUGACUUUUUUAUUAUGGCAGUAAUUUAAUUCUAAGAGCUUUUUCUUGUUUUCUCUGUGUUCCUUUUUAUAGCAUACAGUUCUUGUUUAAGGAUACCUCUCAAAUCUCUCUGAGUUAAAAGUCUCUUCUGUCCCCUGAAUUAUCUUCCCCUUCCUUCACGUGGCAAUUAAAAACCCAACUGCAUGGGAGUGGGAUUUACCCACCAAAAGGCUCCUUUCUAGGGUUAUUGGUGGGUAGCAGGAUGGUUCUCUGGAGACCUCAAAAUACCGGAAUGCUGAUAUCUUUUGCCUGGGGCUUAUAAAUUUCUUUGGGGAAAAAUCCGCUGAUGUUUUUGUCUGAGAUUUGCCUAUUGUAAGGGCUUAGAGGAGUGAGAGAGAAGAGUCAAGUGUUUUAUUAUUUUUUAAAUUGUUUUAUCGUGGUAAAAAUACAUUUGUCAAUUAGAUAGGAACCUUAGGGGCAGUGAAUUUAUGUUAAUCAGGGAGGAACAACUCAAAAGGAGGGUGAGAAUGGUUACACAACUUAAAUGUCAUAAAUGUCACUGAAUAGUACAUGUAGAAACUGUUGGUGUACGUUUUGCUGAUAUAUUCUCAACAAUAACAACAAAAUAAGAAUACAUGUGACAAAAUAUUUGAUGUUUUAUACACGUACGUUGAUUUUACAUGUACAGUGACAUUGAUUACAUUCAUCAUGUUAUGCAAACAUCACUAUCCGUUUCCAAAUUAUUCUACCACCAUUAACAGAAACUCAUUAUCCCUUAAGCAAAGACUCCACCUUUCCUUUUCCUCCCAUCCCUGGUAACCACUAACGAGCUUUGGUUUCUACACAUUAGCCUGUUGUAGAUGUUUUGUAUAUGUGGAUCAUGCAAUAGCUGCCCUUUUGUGACAGACAUCUUUCUCUCAACCUCUUUUCAAGGUUUAUCCAUGUUUUAGCAUGUAUAGGCACUUCAUUUCUCUAUGGCUGAGUAACAGCCCGUUGUUUGUAUGUAGCACAUUUGGUUUAUCCGUUCAUCUGCUGACGGACAUUUAGGUUGUUUCCACCUUUUGGCUAGUGUGAAUAGUGCUGCAAUGAACAUUGGUGUACGAGUUUUCUGUUGCAUUGCUCCUUUUGAUCCUUUUGGGCACAUACCUCAGAUACGAAUCAAGUGUUCUUAUACAGACUUGCAGUUAGUGCCCUUAUCUUUAGCUUCAUUUCUCCCUCCCACCCUUCAUUGCACCUGGGUUUUCAGGUCCCAAGUCUCUGUGGUUGUGGAGGAUAGGUCAUCUACCUCCUCCCGUUGUGUUACCCUCAGUAAGUUCUCCAGCCGCCGCUUCCUUCACCUGUCUCAGUUGCCACUUCUCCAUCCAUUUCCAUCUUCCAGGAAUGUGCUGAAAUCCCUUAUUCUAUUAUUGUUAUUUAUAUAUUUUAAUCCAUUGUUACUAUUUUAGGGAGAGCUAAACCAUUUUUACAAAAAAUGCUGGUAACCACUUUUAGAAAAUUAAUAGUUAGGGAAAGAUUUACAUACAUGUCAAUGUUACUUAUUUUACAAAAAAAUGGAAACAAAGUAACUAACAAUAGGGAACUGAUGAUGGAAUAUUAUGCAACGACUAAAAAUAACAUUUCAAAGAAUAGUGAUAUAAAAUUCUCGCAAUAUUAAAUGAAAAGUGUACAGAAUAAAACUGUGCAUACAGAGAGCCCAGUUUUCUAAAAUGUACAGCAUCGAAAAGAUUGGAAGGAAAUAGAUCAGGUGUUAACAGUGGCUAAAUUUUCCUGCUUGUCUACAUUUUCUACAGUGAACCUGAGUUACUUGUAUGAUCAGGUGGGAAAAAGUUAAAACGAUCAGGCUUGUUCAGAGAGUGAUGAGAUACGAGCAAUGGGAGUGUGGAGCAGCAGAGUAAGGAUUUGGAGAAAUAAGGGGCUCAGUUAGCGAAGACCUAAUUCCAGGUGAAGGAAUUCAGCCAAGGAAUAUAUGCAACCCCAGUGUGUAGAAGUUCAGUGUAUACAAAAGUAUACAAUGAAAAGUUGUCUCCCUCUCACCUCAGACAACCUGUCCCCUGCCCCAGAAGUAACCAGUGUUAAAGUUCUUGAGGUUCCUUCCAGAUAGUCUGUGCAUUUAUAAUCUUAUAUACUCCCCCCAGCAGACUUUUUUAAACACAAAGGGGAGCUUACAGUACACACUGUAUACAUCUUGCUUUUUUCACUUAGUGUGUCUUAGAGAUGGUUCUAUAUUAGUAUAGAAGUAUAUAUUACUAGUAUUAGUAUAUAUUAGUAUAUAAGCUCUACCUCAUUCUUUUUCUUUUUUCACAAUUGCAUGAUAUUCUGUAGUAUGGACCUGCCAUAAUUCAGAUAGUGAGUUGGUCCCGUUGGUGGUCAGGAAGGUUCUCUCUUACACUUUGCUGUUACCAGCACUGUGGUCAGCAUCCCUGCACGCCAUGCUUGGCACGUGUGUGAGUUUAUCUGCAGGAUAAGUUUUUGAAUCAAAGGGUGGGUGCAGUUGAUAUUUUGGUAAAAGCUGCCAGUGUGGUUCCCAGUAUGUGUAUGAAAAUGCCUGUUCCCCCAAAUCCUUUAUAAUACUAUAUAAAUAUAUAUAUUUUAUGUUUUCUCAGGUUUUUUUAAUCUGAUAAAAUGCCCUUCCAUGCUUUAAUUUGCAUUUAAUUAUGAGUGAGACUGAGUAUCUUUAUUCCGUAUUUAAAAGCCAUGUGUAUUUUCUUUUUUAGUGAGUUGCUUGCUCAUAUUCUUUAGCAAUUUUUUCUGUUGGAUUGUUGAUCCUUUUAAAAAUUGAUUUCUACAAGCUCUGUCUGUAGUAAAGAAAUGGUCCUUAUCUGCCAGAUGUGUUGCGAAUAUUUUCCCCAGUUUAUUGUUAAUUUUUGAAUUUUUGGAUAUUUUCCACUUAAUAUCGAAUGAAAGACUUGCCAUCUUCAAGAUUAUACGUUCUCCCAUGAUUUCUUCUAUUACUUUGAGAUUAGUCCAUUUGAAAUUAUUUAGGAGUAAGGAACGAGUUCGGUCCUGGCCCUGCGUCCCACCCUUUCCUCCCCGGGGUCCAGCUGAAGAAACCC